AUGGCUUCCCGCUUCGUCCUCGCUUCCACCCCCAUCGCCCGCGGCGCUUUCGUCGUUGGCAGACAGACCGCCGCCUUCUCGACGACGAGAUUCAUGGGCUUGAAGGAGUCUGCGAACCAGACCGACCACGAGAAGCACAAGCAAGACUCCCUGCACAAGCAGAAGCAGGGCAAGGGUCACUGGAAGCCCGAGCUCGCGUCCGACAGCGAGGAGGCCCUCAAGGCGGACCGCAACACCGAGGGCGUCGACCCCAAGACGCUGGCGGAGCGCACCAAGAAGGCUGCCGAGGAGACGAGCAAGGCCGGUACGAGCAUGCGCGAGGGGCUGUAA